AUGAAAGCUGUCAAGAUGCAAUGUCUUCAAGCAGCUCGCAACAAUUGCAAGAUUCUCCUCGGUCUUUGGAAUUACGACAAGAUCGAUUGCUCACAGAGUGUCUCGUCAACAGCAAAAUUCGGAUAUUGGGAGUCCCUCCAUCUUUUCUCUGGACUAUCUAUCCUAGCUCUCGCGCGCGUAUCAAUCAAUUGCGACCGAAUCUCAAGUCCUUCGUCAGGAGAUCAUGAUGCGGCCCUCUACUCUCGGACGAGAGAGCUUCUACGAGAGAUGGCCCGCGUCGGUAACCCCGCUGCGAAAGACCACGACGCAUUGCUAUCCGAUGUCGAGGCGAUGGUUAUGAGGGUUCAAGAAGAGGAGCGGUUGACCGAGCAGACGAGAACGGAGGUCGAAACCCCCAACGAGAACUCGAGCUUUUCUGACUUCAUGUUCGCGGACAUGGGGAGCGAGCAACAGAUCUGGUGCGACACGGAUUGGGAAAACAUACUGAGCUCGUAUACUCAAGGCAUAUGA